AUGUCAGAGAUAGGAGAUCACGCAGAUUCAGAUGUAGAUUUCCAGCAGGACAACACCAAACCACAUAAUGAUCGGAUUACAAGUUUAUGGCUGCGUAAGCAGAGAGUGCGGGUGCUAGAUUGUCCUGCCUGCGGUCCUGAUCUGUCUCCAAUUGAGAAUGUGUUGCGUACUAUGAAGUGCAAAAUACGAUUGGUGAACCCAUCCAAGGAGACUUUGGAGGUGGGGCUAAGCAGAGAGCUUGAUGAGGAGGUGGGCAUGGCUGUGCCGGUGGGCAUGGACAAUCACAUCUCCUCCUGCCUUUCCACAUCCUGCCCUCGACUAAUCACACACUUCUAUAUCAAGAAGAUGACAGAGUCAGAGCUGAGAGACCUAGAGAGAGCUGCUGUUGCUACUGCUACAGAUCAUGGUUUAGAGGUGUUGAGUAUGGUCCGAGUACCACUCUUCUUCCUGAGGAAUGGAGGUGGUCUUCCCUAUUUCCUUUCACACUUGUUCAUCAGUAACUCUCGGGCCCAACAGCUCUCUGCCCUACAACACUGUGGGCUGCUGUCCCAGGGUGAGCUGGAGAAGGCUGUGAGACAGGCUGAGCAGAUGAGAUGCACACACAGCGCUGAUCCGCACUGA